AUGCAGAGAGAAAAAGCAAGUAACUUCAAACACCACACGAAUAAAUGGGAAUGGGACCUGCGGGAGCGCCGAUUGGCUACACCCCACGUCAAUCAGCGGUGUUGCCAGGCAACGGAGAAACUGCUCUUCUCCGCGCAGACAGGGCAAUUGGGAGUUCGCAUACCUUCACUGCCGGUCAGAUGUCAUAAACCUUUUAUUGGCCGCACCGCGGCGAACCUUAAAAACAAAUCAAUAAAAGCCCGCCGUCCCCCAACUUGUCCAGGGCCCAAGGAGGGUUUCAAAGAGGGCCGGGCCUCGGGGGUCUCCGGAGACGUUCACUGCCGGUGCCAAGUCUGCACAACAAUACCAACUCUGUUCCUCCCGGGCGGCGUUUCGGAAAUCCAGGCACGGGGGACAGCCCGCACGUCGGGGCAGGAAACUCUGGGACCGGGCAGCUUCCCCACUCCGGGACUUGGGCUCCCUCCGCUCCGGACCCUCCCCCAGGAGCUGCGGCGCCCCUCGUCUGGGGAGAGCUGCGAGGUCGCCUGCGGUUGCGCCUUGGAGCAGCCCCCCGCCCUGAGUCGCCCUGGCGCACUCGGGAGCCGGCGGGCGCGGGAAGCGAACUCACCUGGCCGGAGCUGGGCGCGGGGACGCGGGGGCGCCGCUGCCCUUCAGCGGGAGCCGACAAACUUUCGCGGGCGCCCAGCGGGCAUCGCCUGGUGGCCCGGCGAGGGGCGCGCGGGCGCGGCGCGGCGAGCCCGGGGCGGCGGGGGGCGGCCGCGGGCGCGGGCGGCAGGGGCGCGGGGGUCGCGGCGCGGCAUGGGACCUGCGGCGUCCGCCGGGCGCGCCGCGCGUCCUCCGGCCGGCCCCGCCGCUCUCCCCGCCCCGUCCCGCCUCCCGCUCGCCUCCGCCGCGGCGCGUCGGGCCAGGGCGCGCCGAGCGGCGAGAAAUUGUUUCCACUGCAAACAAAAAAAGGCGACACAUGACCAGGCAGGAGGAGGGGAAGCGCGGGGAGGGAGGAGAUCGGAGGGGAGGGACGGAGCGGAGGAGGCGGAGGGAGUUGGAGAGAGAGAAAACGUGGGCCUGGCCGCCGGCGGCCUGCGGCGCUGGGCGCGAACCCGCCGGGGCGGCGCCUGCCCGCGCCACACGGCCCUGGCCUGCCUCGCGCCCCGAGCCCGGACACUCCGGAUGAGCAACUGGGGCCGAGAUGAGGCAAGAGGUGUAAGUAAGAAGGUGUCAGCCUGAAGAGGAAGCAGUGGAUCAGCCCUGUUCAAUAUGGAGAGAGUGUACAUCUGUCUGUUCAUCCAUUGAAAUGGGGGGAUCCAGACCUUUGCCAGAAGCCAAAGGAUGGCUUCAUGUGGCCUUUUCCACCUUGUUGUGCUAUUAAACCUCAGCUCCGAGACAUGCUCUCCAACAUAAAUGCUUAUGGGCAAAUUUAUUUGGGAACAACCCCAUACUCCGUUCUCCUCAUGAACUUUCCAAAAGAACCAUUGUGUCUUAGACCCUGAGAAGUCUUAAAGAAACACGUCGAACUCUUUAAAGCACUAUCUUGUUCACGUUGCUUUACAAACUUAUCUGACAGCAGAAUUCUAUGUGUGCCCU